CCUAAACUGGAAUUUCCUUGGAAACAGACAUACAAUUGUCAUAAAUGUCUGUCAGGUUGUGAAAUGUCUCCUAAUGUAAAAAAAACUAAAGAACAAGUGGAAUUCCCUUGGACAGCUCCAAUUGACGCUCGAUUUCCAAACGCCAACAUCACUGGAUACUGCUUUAGAAUGUUUUACGAUUACCAACGGUGUAUAGGAUUAUUUAGUGUAGAUCACGAGCCCUGCGAGUACUUUAAGAAGGUAUACACGUCACUAUGCCCGCACGCGUGGGUAAAGCGAUGGAACGACCAAAUCGAGGACCACACGUUUCCGCGCGAUUUACCUGCGGAUCUGAAAAAGAAACUGAACGGCUAGUGUACAAAUUAUCGUUUUAUUAUCCUUUUUAACC